AUUCAGUAUCUUACUAGCAUAUAUUGUCAAUUUAAUAAACCAUACAAAACUAGUGUGGUACAUAAUACAAUAUAUGUAUUUUAGCGAAUGAUUGAACUAUGAGAGUUGGACUACACAUUAAACUAGAUUAGAAGGAACAAAAAUGUCUGCAUGAUAACGAACUUGGUUCUAACUGCCUAAUCUACUGGUUUAAGUAAAGAGAAUGCAUAAUUCGCAUUCCCCACAAAGCAGAGAUGAAGACAGUUCAGUUAAUAGAUCUUCAAGCAUUAUGACAAAUACAAGGAGUAUACAAGACUUUCUACACUUCAAAAAAAGGCGAAUUAGAGGAGAGCAUAAAGUUCGAACACUUGUGCCCCAGCAUCUGUUACAAGAACAACAUCACAUUGAAGCAGAUGAAAGACUGCAGCAGAUCAAGAAGCUUAUGCAUUAUUAUGAGAAGAAUAAAAUUCGGACUACCAAGUAUACAGUCUUGUCGUUCAUACCAAAGAAUCUCUUUGAGCAGUUUCAUCGCUUUGCCAAUUGUUACUUUGUCUUUAUAAUUCUCCUCAACUUUGUGCCUCAAGUGGGUGCCAUACAACCCAUCGUCUCAAUGAUUCCUGUUAUAAUGAUUCUGCUCGUACAAGCUUUGAAAGAUUUGUUUGAGGAUUACGGGAGAUACAAAAGCGACCAAGAGAUCAAUUUUGCCGAAUGUCAGGGCCUUAAAAGCAAUGAUGACAAGUACCACACAAUGAAAUGGUCGGAACUUCAAGUUGGUGACAUUGUUCGUGUGGUUUGCAACAGUGUCAUACCAGCCGAUGUACUUCUCCUACACUCCUCCGAUCCUGAUGGAAUCUGUUUCAUAGAAACUUCCAACUUGGAUGGAGAGAGUAACCUCAAGCAGAGGAUGGUGGUGAAAAAGCAUUGGGGAGAUAUAAGGAGUCAUGAAUUUCAUCCGAAAGAAUUCAAAAGCAUAAUAGAGUGCCAAACACCAAACAAUGAAAUUUAUAAAUUUCAUGGCAAUGUGACUCCUGCUAAUGGGGGUGAGAAGAUACCUGUAAGUAACAAUAACUUACUUCUGCGUGGAUGUGUCGUUCGAAACACAGAUUACGUGGAAGGUAUUGUACUUUAUGCCGGUCACGAAACUAAAGCCAUGCUCAACAACAAUGGGCCAAGAUACAAAAGAAGCAAAUUAGAACGAAGAAUGAAUACUGAUGUUAUUUAUUGCGUCAUUCUAUUAUUUGUUAUGUGUAUUCUCGGCUCUGUUGGAAAUGGGGUGUGGGCAAGUCAUAUGAACAAUAUACCACAAGCGGAGUUGUUUAUUCCAAAUGAAGCCGAUGGUGGCAAACUAGACCCAGCCCUUUCUGGCUUUUACAUGUUUUGGACCAUGGUGAUUUUACUUCAGGUCCUCAUCCCGAUCAGUUUGUAUGUUUCAAUUGAACUUGUGAAGUGGAUGCAAGUUUAUCUCAUCAACAAUGAUGUGGAUCUUUACCACAAAGAAACCGACACUCCGAUCCUAUGCAGGGCUCUUAACAUCACCGAGGACCUUGGACAGAUUCAGUACGUCUUCUCAGAUAAGACGGGGACUCUCACAGAGAACAAGAUGAUCUUCAGAAGAUGCACAGUUGGGGGAGUGGAUUAUCCUCAUGCAGCUAAUGCUGCCCGCAUUGAAAACGCUGAGCCUGUGCCGCCAUCUCAACACCCAGAACAUUCCAAACACAGAGAAGCAUUUCCAGAAUUAGCGCGAGCAGAUUCUGUCCGAAGAAGUUACCGUCGUACUCAAAGUGCGUCAGUUAAACCGCAUCACAGAGAGCAGUUUAUUCGGAAUCGUAACAGCUUGUGGGACGCCAUUCUACAAAGCCAGAAACAUGGCCAUGGGACUGAAGAGAAACCUGUAGAUGGUGAAACACAAUUGCAAAAUGCAACGAAAUCAGCUCCAAACUCGCCAGCUAACUCACGAAGGGCAAGGAUGAGCACGAAGCGACCGGCCACCCAUCAUCGACGAAACAUCAGCUCUGUCUCCGCACGAGAAGUCCUCGCUACUGUUGCUCAGGACGAGGUAGCGCCACCCGGUGUUGAGCCGGUGGAGCCGAUGUACGAGGAGAUCGUUGACGAAGCCUUGGAAACUGAUGUAACUCCUGAUCCCGUGUUAUAUGAGAAGCUCACCUCCUCUUCUUAUUCCUCUAUCACUCCUCAAGGAGCAUCCUCCGAGCUCCCAUGUCCGGAGAAAACUCGGAUUUGGGAUUUUUUCGUAAAUCUUGCGAUUUGUAACACAGUCGUCAUCUCAAAUGAUAACAGCGAGAGUGCUUCAACUACACCAGACCCUUACUCGGAGAUUGCUAGCGAGGUGUCGACUGCUUCUGGCAGUAGUCUGCUGCCACAAGUGCUAAAGAAAGUCCAUCUGAAACUUACCUCACCUAGCAGUGACACCUACAAGUCAAUAUCCCCACAUUGGUCGCCUAAAAUAAACGCACUUAAAAUGAAUGGAAACACAAACAACUCAGCAAACACAGGCGCACAAAUUGAUUCCGAGGACACAGGACCUACGGAUGCUGACCUCAGCAAAAUACGAUACGAGGCAGAAUCACCUGACGAGGCUGCGUUAGUUUAUGCCGCGCACGCCUAUGGUUGUGUUUUAGCUCACCGGUCGUCACAAGGUGGCCGGGAGAGCGUUACAGUUACGCUUCCCAACGGAGAGGGGAAACUAAAAUUUGAAGUUCUUCAUAAACUACCUUUCGAUUCAACUCGUAAACGAAUGUCAGUCAUAGUACGUGACCCACGAAACAACGAAGUGGUUUUAUUUUGUAAAGGAGCAGACAGUGCCAUACUUUCAGCACUCGCUGAUGAACAAGAAGAUGUUCAAUUCAACUUAAAAACACCAAGGAACAAUAUCGCGACGCAGGCGAGCAAUUCAGCUGAACUCGUGAACAGAACGAAACAGUUUCUGGAUAAAUACGCUCGUGUUGGACUUCGAACACUCUGUAUUACUAAAAGAGUGCUUAGCGAAGCUGAAUACGAGGAAUGGCUGACGUUGCACAAAGAAGCAGAGAGAGCUAUUGACGAAAGAGACCAGCUGCUAAUGAACUCGUACGUUCGUAUCGAAACUGAUCUUGAGCUGCUAGGGGCAACGGGUAUAGAGGACAGACUGCAAGACGGCGUCCCUGAAACGAUAGAAGCUCUUCGGCAAGCGGGGAUCCAGGUUUGGGUGGUGACGGGGGAUAAACGGGAGACGGCAAUCAACAUCGGCCACUCAUGUCGACUUAUUCAUCAGAAUGAUGAAGUUAUCAAUCUCAUCACUGAAACUUCGGAAGCGUUGUCCGAGUUACUUGACACGCAUAUCGAUAAACAAGAAACAAAACGUGGAAAGUUGCCAGAAAUUCAACAACAAACGUCAAUCCUUUCGUUUAAUGUUUCGUUCAGUUUGCCCAACUCCACAUCUUACCCAACCAUUGAUGAUAAAGAUUUACCAGCACUGGUGAUGGUAAUUGACGGGCGAACACUGGGGUUCGUACUCGGCAACAAAGACCAAGCUUCAAACACCACCAAGGAAAUGUCGGAUAAGUUUGUUCGUCUUGCUCGAAGAUGUCGUUCCGUGUUAUGCUGCAGGGCUACACCUUUACAAAAGGGUCAAGUGCUGAAACUAAUAAAGGACAAAUUAAAUGUCAUGACACUCGCAAUCGGUGAUGGUGCAAAUGACGUUAGCAUGAUACAAGUGGCUGACGUUGGCGUUGGGUUAAGUGGCCAGGAAGGCAUGCAGGCAGUGAUGAGUAGUGAUUACGCAAUAGCUCAGUUUAGAUUUCUUAAGAAACUUCUGCUUGUUCAUGGUCAUUGGAACUAUGCUCGUCUCGCUUCGAUGGUUCUUUAUUUUCUUUAUAAAAAUGCGGCGUUUGUGUUUCUUAUCUUCUGGUUCCAAAUCUUGUGUGGAUUCAGCGGAGGAAACAUGAUCGAACAAUUCUACCUCCUCUUGUUUAAUCUCAUCUUCACCAGCGUUCCUCCUCUCAUUACCGGGAUCUUGGAUAAAGACCUCCAGGAAGAAACUCUUCUCAAGAAACCUCAUCUUUACAUGCAAGGGAUCAAAGACGAGUUAUAUCUUCAACGUACAUUCUGGAUCAAUAUGCUGGAUGCCCUUUAUCAAAGUGUCGUCAUAUUCUUUUUUCUUUACCUGACGUACUACGACUCACAAGUUGGGUUAAUAGAGUGGGGAACAGUUGUCACAACAGCAGCUCUAUUUGUCAUCCUUAUACAUCUUGCUAUUGAAACCAAAACUUGGACUUGGAUUCACUGGGUUGGGCAGAUCGGUAGCGUGGUUGUUUACUUUGCGUUUGCGCUAAUUUACAACAUUAUAUGUCCUGCCUGUUCCCCACCCUCCAACCCUUACUUUAUCAUGGAGCGAGUUAUACAGACUGGUCAGUUCUGGUUCUCCAUUCUUCUCGUCACAGCAAUUGCUCUAUUUCCGAGGUAUAUUGUGCGGGCAGUGCAAUCGAAUACAUUCCCGAACGAAUGCCAACGCGAACGUAUAUUGGAAAAGGUUCGUGCCUCGUCAUCUGCAUGUACCAGUACAGCGUCUACUUCUGUGACAUCCACGUCAUCAAGCAGCACAUACCGCAACCCCGCCUUUAUGCAUGUUCCUGACACUUUCGUUUCAAGUGAGAUCGAGCAACAAAAACAACCCGUGCGGCCCACGCAGCUCCCGAAUCCCGGCGUCGAUCUCGCUCGAGAUGCGAUGUCGUUUCAGUAUGGCGGUUCGACACCAGACCUUUCGACCGCCUCGCCUUACUACGGCAUGCACAACUACAGCAAUAAUAACUCUUCUAAUGAAAGCUGGGCCCAACCGCCGUCGCACCCACCGCCGGAGAACCCAGUCGUAUUACCUGGUGUUUUAAACCAAAGCUACAUCGGUUUAUCCGACGACGAAGACGACGACCCAACUUUCGUAGGUUCUGCCCCUUCCUAUGUGUUUGACGUUGACACGGGCGAGGAGAUAUUCUCCUCCGAGCAGAACUCCGGAUUGCCGAGGAAUGUGUCUACUGGUUUUAUUCCAUCAUUUAAGGAGGAUUCUCAUAUAGACUCUGGAGAGCCACCGAAAGCGACGUAUGUUCCACCGGUGCAUACGGUAAACGUGGUUAGGGACCGGAGAUCACAAAACGAUUUUUAUGAGCCUAAUGUGCCUGUAUAAAACCUUCAUAUUUUUAGAGUCGUAUAUUUUGCGAACCUUGAGUGUAGUCCGACGUGAAACUUAGAUUCUAUACUUUUGCUUUCUUAUUCCACAGUGUUGCCCAAGAAGGGCUAGCUUUCCGUCCUCGAGGUAUUCAACUUGGCUGAAUUCUCACACUCGGCAACACUCUUUUUCGCAGUAAUUUUUGCACUAGACCUAUUUUCCCCGUUUUAAAUGCAAAAUCCGCGUAAAUGCGCUAUGCAACAAUAGACAUAGUAGGCAUUGCAACGUAUAGGGCAGAAUAUGCACAAGCACGCUGCAACGUGCGUUCUGCUGUAACUUGCUAAUUAAAUAAUUUCCCUUUCAAUGCCCCAUGGCCACUCUUUCACUUCUACGCUUUACAAGUUUAACUGUCGCCACUUGGAAGCUAUAGUAGCUUGCGUCUUAGCCUUAACCCGUAGAGAUUCAAAGAAGCAUAUAGUUAAACUUACUGAAGCUUAUGGAAAUCAUUAUUUGGUGCUUUGUGUUUCCGUAACCGCUCUCAAUUGAAACACGUGGCCGGUUCGAAUCCCCUUGCCCGCUUUCGUCAUAAUACCCCACUGUUACGUCAUAUAUACACGACAAUGCAAUGUGUGCCUUUUUUGAACGAACCCGCGAACUUCGCGAGAAGCCUGACCGCUUUUAUACUCGACCAUAUACUAACCAAUAAUUCUGGCUCUUACGGCCAGUGUUGCCGUAAGUAAAGUCACACGGCAACACUAAAGUGCCUUAUAGAAGAGCUGCAUUCCACAAUCCAUUUAUAUUGCCACGUACAAACGUGGCAUUGUAUUCCUUUAUGAACCUUGCACUUAUGGGUUUAUCUCCAACGAUUUUACGAAAGCAUUUGUCAGUUUAUCAUUCUUUACUUUCGUGAAGCGGCAGCAUACAAAGGACUUCUUCUUAUAUCAAAUAAAUUGUUCCAAUUGCUUGAGACGUUGCAAUCCCUUUUUGUUUUCUUCCUAAUUCUUUUUACAUUAACUUAACGUGCUAACCGAGUAUUGUACCCCUAGCACCUACCCAUAUGUACUUUUCAAUAAAAUAAACUAUUCCCGAUUAGA